AUGGUUCAAAGUAUUUUUGUUAUUUAUUUACAACUUUUUUCAGAGGAUAAUAUUUGUAUAAUGUCGGCGUUAUACCCAAAGAAUGGCAUUAUCUACUAUCACGCUGGAAGUCACAAAAGUUCAGCUAUACUGUUCAAUGAACAGUUCGUCCUUACUUCAGGACUUGCCUUGCUACAGGUGCCCUUUAUGACAAGGGAAUUCAAAAAUACAGCAAAACAGAGAAUCAUUCGUAUUGAUGCUCAUGCUGAGCUAAACUUUUUACAAAAUUUAGACUAUCGGAUUGUGUUACAGCGAGAUAAUGGCAACUUGUUAGAAAAGAAGGCACAAAUUGCCUAUGUUAUAUAUUCGCCUGAUAUCGAAUCAACGAUAGAACAACAAUUCGAAGGACUACGAUUUACUUUGAAUGGAGAAUACUGUGAUAUCUCGAAAUACAGUUUAUAUUUUUCGUCAUUUGUUAUAUUCCAAUUUACAGACCAAAAAGUAUCACUAGAGAAUCUUGAAAGAUGUUUCAAAUCAGAGUUUGUAGAAAAUUCUACUGAAUUAAGUCUGCUGGAAAAUAUCAUUUGCGUGACUGCACCAUUUGGAAAUGAGCAUUUUAUAAACAGCAUCAACUUUGGCCACGUAUCAAACCUAAUAGGAAAAGACAAUUGCUUGGCAUUAUUGAAUAUUUCUUCAGCAUUUGGAUGUGAAGGUGGUGGGAUCUACGAUAAAAACUUCCACAUCCGGAGCAUUUUACUAGCUUCAUGUUUCCACCACCAGAACGACAAUGUACAUUUUCCUUUGGCAGCAAACGUAAGCGAAAUAUACAAAAUCUUGUUUGAUGCGCCAAAAUUGUAUAAAUUACCUUCAAAUCUUACGACGCUUAUGACCCAGUCGUCAUGUUUGAUCACCACAAAUGGAACCUGGGGAACAGGAUGUUUAUUUCGAUUGAAUGGACGAAACUUUGUGCUUACUUGUGCACACGUUCUGUCGAAUGACAACAUCACAUGCUACUGCCGAGACUACAAUUUCCAACCAAUACUAAUACACAAGAAUCCAAUAUUUGAUUAUGCCUAUGACAUAGCCCUACUAGAAGACACCACGAAAAAUCAAAAUAAUACAACAAGGUUAUCAAAUAAUAUACCCAAAGUAGGACAAAUUGUGUAUUCUGUUGGAUUUCCCAUUUUCAAGGGAUUUGGCAUGAAUGGUAUAUUCAGCCCUAGUAUCUAUCGUGGAAAAGUAACUAAAUAUUCUAAGGGAGUUCUUAUUACUGAUUGCCCAGUGCAAGCAGGACAGAGCGGUGGUCCAAUAUUUGAACAAAACGGUAGCUUGCUUGCAGUAAUGGUAUCAAACUUCAAGAAUGAGCUAGAUGGGAAAAUAUAUCCGCAUCAUAAUAUGUGCAUUCCAAUCUGUGAUAUUUACGACAUUCUACUUCGUUAUAGUACAACUAAUGAUUAUACCACAAUAAACGGUUUCCAAGCUAAAAAGGAUAUAGUUGAUAAAUGGAAGCUUAAAACUCCUCUAGUAGAAAGUAAACUAUGAAACGAAUAAUUUGUAAUCAGUAGAAGCAAAAGUAUAAGAACGGUGAGGCGCAUUUAUCCCAUAGAACAAUGGUCCCUAUCAUAUGACGUUGAUGGCUUCUUAAAUUUCUUCUGGAAAUAAAUAAAUAAAAAUCACUGUCACAGAACAUCUGUGAUUAUGAUUAUUUAAACAACAUGAGUAAUUUGAAAUCAAGUAGGGAACUUUUUUUUUAAUCUUUCGUUUAUUUGGAAGGCUUAACAAUACAUUUCUUAAUUCUUAUACAUAGUGUUAGUUUUGGGGAACCGAAAGACUCGCGGUUUGGUCGAGGUUAGGAAAUACAAUAAUACAGUAGGAAAGGAAAGGAUUUUAGGGUGCUUAGGUAAUUACGAUACUGAUGUUCACAAAGUUGACAUUCCUCGCAUUUUUACAUCUGUAACGGGAUAAACAAACUUUUUUGGGAGACAAAAAAAAUAGGGAAUUGUCUAUAAAAAAACAUGGUAGGAGCAAUAAAUAAACAUAAAAUUUCUCCCAAAUAAAGCAAAACUUUCGUAAACAUCAGAUAA